AUGGCUCCCGACAAGCUCGUGCCAAAUGACCCUCGUGUCAAGCAAGAGACGGCACAGAUUCGGGGUAAAACCUACAAGUACAUUGUCGGUGAACCCGAGGGUACCCCUCUGGAAACCAUGGUUCUGAUCCAUGGCUUCCCUGAUCUUGGAUUUGGCUGGCGCUACCAGGUCCCUCACUUCAUGUCUCUGGGUUUCCGAGUCAUCGUCCCUGAUAUGACAGGAUACGGAGGCUCUGACGCUCCCGAGUCCCUCGAGGAGUACACAUACAAGAGCCUCUCAGCAGACAUUAACGAGCUGGCUCGAAAGUAUGUCGGCGAGAAGGGCCAGAUCGUCCUUGGCGGCCACGACUGGGGUGGCAUGAUCGUUUGGAAGGUCUCUACCUGGUACCCCGAGUUGAUCAAGUGCGUCUUCAGCGUCUGCACACCAUACAUGCAGCCCAGGGAACAAUUCAUCCCUCUUGAAGCCCUCAUUGCAGGCGGUCACUUGACCAACUUUAGCUACCAGCUGCAGUUCAAGGGACCUGAUGUUCAAUCCCGUCUUCAAGGCGAGGAGGGGGUUCGACAGUUCUUGAACGCUUUGUAUGGCGGCCGCACACCCGAGGGAGAGCUCGGUUUCUCCUCCAAGGAUGGUAUUCUGUUCGACAACCUAUCCAAGCUGGGCCCUUCGCCCCUUGCCAGCAAGGACGAGAUUGACUAUUACGUCAAGGAGUACUGCUCACACCCAGCUCCCGAGCUGCGCGGUCCUCUCAACUACUACCGUACCCAGGAGCUCAACUACCGCGACGACCUGGAGAUCGCCAAGAAAGGUGGUCACAAGUUCCAGAUGCCCGCCAUGAUGAUCACUGCGAGCGACGAUUCUGCUCUGCCGCCUUCCAUGUCGGCGGGUAUGGACGCCAGCUUUGAGAGCCUGGCUCGCGCGGAAGUCAAAGCCUCUCACUGGGCUUUGUGGCAGGCUGCUGAUGCUGUUAACCAGCAUCUUACAAAGUGGCUUGACGGCGUACUGGACGGUGCGCUGAAGGCCAAGGCAUCUUUGUAA